AUGAAGGCUUUUCUUCUCACGCUGCUGGUGGCGGUUCUCUGUAGUUCCUUGGCUCACUCGCUGGUGUGCUUCACCUGUAAGGAUGCAUCCUCCAACUGGGAUUGUCUGGCAUCAACUACAUGUGCAAGUGAUGAAAACUACUGUGUGACCAUGUAUCUUGGUGCAGGAAUUGGCGGACAUUCCGGGCAGAGCAUCUCUAAGGGAUGUGCUUCAGUUUGCCCCAGCGCCGCCCCUGGCGGUGGGAUAAACAUAGGGAUAGCAGCCGCCUCUGUUUCCUGCUGCAGUUCUUUCUUGUGCAACACCAGUGGGGCCAGCAGCGUCAAAGUCACCUACUUGGUGCUGGCCAUGGCGAUCUUGGCCACCUUCAUCUAUAUCAGGGCUGGACUGUGAUCAGGCCAGAAAAAAAGAACUUGAUGACCUGAAGAACCUGCUCAGGCUUCUCCAAUGAGACACCAGACCCCGCUCUGUGCAAAGCUAUACUGGGGUUAUCGAUGGUGCCCUUUCUUCAUAUCUCAUUAGACAA